AUGCAGUUAGAUUUACUUAGUAGUUUAAGGACUAAGAGACACUCUUUAUACUGCAUAUACACCGCCCUCUCCAAACCUGUCUCUCUUCCUGGAAUCCAUGAGUUCACUGCUAUGGGCCUGCUUGAUGACAGAGAGAUUGACUACUACAACAGUCAGGACAAGGUCAGGAUUCCAAGACAACACUGGAUGAAAGAGAGUCUGACAGCUGACUACUGGGAGAAAGGCACUCAGUCACGAAAGAGUAAAGAACAGUGGUUUAAAGUCAAUAUCCACAUUCUAAUGGAUCGUAUGAACCACAGUCCAUCAGAUCUUCAUGUCUUUCAGUGGAGACACGGCUGUGAGGCUGAGACACACUCUGAUGGAUCAGUAAGAUUUGUGAGUGGUGUUAGUCAGUACAGUUAUGAUGGUGAAGACUUCCUGUCUUUUAACUUGGACACUAUGCAGUGGGUGGCCCCAGUUCCUCAGGCCCUUCCCACCAAAAGGAAGUGGGAAGAUGUGCCCAUUCUCAACCAGUACACUAAGGGUUACCUUGAGAAGGAAUGUGUGUACUGGCUCUCCAAGUUCAUGAUUUAUGGUGAAAAGGACCUCAAGAAACAUUCUCCUCCUGAGGUUUAUGCUUUUGCAAAGAAAGCUAAAUCACCAGAGAAGCUGAUCCUGACCUGUAUGGCCACUGGCUUCUACCCCAAAGAUAUUACACUGCUCAUCAGAAAGAACCGUAUUCGACUGGAUGAGACAGAACCCCAGAAUGUCAUGCCAAACGGAGAUGGAACCUACCAGCUGAGGAAGAGUGUGGAGAUCCCUGAGUCUGAAAAAGCAGAUUAUGACUGUUCGGUGAACCACAGGACCCUGGACCAACCACAAAUUGCUAUUUGGGCUCCCCCUGACAUUUAUGCUUUUGCAAAGAAAGCUAAAUCGCCGGGAAAGCUGACCCUGACCUGUAUGGCCACUGGCUUCUACGCCAAAGAUGUGACCCUGCUCAUCAGAAAGAACCGUAUUCGACUGGCUGAGACAGAACCCCAGAAUGUCAUGCCAAACGGAGAUGGAACCUACCAGCUGAGGAAGAGUGUGGAGAUCCCUGAGGCUGAAAAAGCAGGUUAUGACUGUUGGAUAUGCGAUCCUCAAACAGACAACCUGGAGUACAAAAACUGGCACCUUAAGUUUAGACAGAACCAAAAGCACUAUUACCAGUAUGACUUGAAGUAUUCAGCUGUCAAUUUCCAUGUGGCCUGGUAUUGUGUCCUGCCUCCUCGUUCUGGCCAGGCCAACCAGAGACAGAGUGCCCCUUCCGGCCUGGCCAACCAGAGACGGAGAGCCCAAAUUUAA